GUGGAGCAGAUGAGCAGCCCUGCGGUGUGUGUGUGUUUUGCUGUGUGUGUGAGACAGGGACAGGGACAGGGACGGUCAGGCUGAGCUCGGGUGAAGAUGGUACACAGGGAUGAGAUACUGAAGCCGAUAUGGCACGCGUUCGCCGCGCUGGACCUGGACCGAACCGGGAAAGUGUCCAAAUCUCAGCUGAAGGUGCUGUCUCAGAACCUGUACACAGUACUGAGGAUCCCCCAUAAGACCUCAGAGCUGGAGGAGCACUUUAAGGAUGAUGACGAGGGUCCAGUGUCCACUCAGGGCUACAUGCCCUAUCUGAACAUGUUCAUCCUGGACAAGAUUCAGGGGGACUUUGAUAUAAUGGAGCUGAAUCGGAUGUGCUGGACGCUGUGUUCUCGUAAGAAGUCCAACUUCAACAUGCUCAUCACCGACACUGACGCCUUUAAAAUCUGGUGUAUUUUCAACUUCCUGUCUGAAGACCAUUAUCCUCUCAUCAUCGUCAUAGAGGAGAUCGAGUACUUCAUGAGGAAGCUGGUGGAUGCUGUGGGCAGUGACUGGAAUGAGGGCAGGUUUGUGGACUAUAAGGCCAAACUCAGCGCGAAGAAUCACUGUCUGAUUGUGUGGCAGCUGAUCGAGCUGGUGGGCAACGGCUACUUCACCAAGGGCAUGGAGCGCCAGACCCUCUCCAUGGGCAUCAACGAGGUGUAUCAGGAGCUCAUCCUCAAUAUUCUGAAACAGGGCUAUAUGGUGAAAAAAGGACACAAAAGGAAAAACUGGACGGAGCGCUGGUUUGAGCUGACCCCAGAAGUAAUCUCGUAUUAUGAGAGUGAGGAUCUUCUCGAGAAGAAAGGCUACGUUUCCCUCGAUCGCCACAGCUCUGUGGAGUCUUUACCAGAAAAAGAAGGGAAGAAAAACCUGUUCAUCAUCAAAACCCAAGAAAAAAGUCUGGAGAUCAGCGCUCCCGACAAGAAGAAACGGCAGGAGUGGAUCCAAGUGAUCCAGGACUGCAUUAACCGGCUGAGGCGAGGCAUGUCCGCCCCGCACCGCGAGGCCCGGCAGCGACGCAGGGAGCUGCGUAGUCGACUGCAGGCAGAGCAGAAGCAGAUGGAGGGCAGGAUGAAGGAGCUGCAGCUGGCCAAUGAAAACAAGCAGGUCCAACUGGAGGCUAUGAGGAAGAACCUGGAGGAGGCGGCUGCGAGGGCUGUAAUGGAGGAGCAAAGGAGAAUUCGGACUCAGGCAGAUCUGCAGAACCGGUACAGAAUGGACCUGGAGAGAGAGAAGAUGGUGCGAAUGCAGAUGGAGGAGCAGGUGGCUCAGAAGUCCAGUGAGCUGGAGCAGUAUCUGCAGCGAACACAGGAGCUGGAGGACAUGUACCGCCGCCUGGAGGAGGCGCUAGAGGAGGAGAGGCAGUCCAGGCAGGACGAGGAGGCCCUGCGCAAACUGCAGGCCAGGCUGCUGGAGGAUGAGGUCAGUAAGCGAGCUGAGUUGGAGCAGAUUCACCUGCAGCAGCAGAGCGCCAUGUCCCAGACCCAGCUGGAGAAAGCAGAGCUGGAGAAGCAGAGGCUGGAGCAGGAGCGCGCCCUGCAGGCCGCCAUGGAUCAGCUGGAGAACCUUGAACUACAGAGACAAGGAGCACUGCAGCAGUAUGAGGCUGUUACAAAGAAACUGGAGCAGGCAACUAGCAGGACGAAGAGCUGGAAGGAUAAAGUCGCUCAGCAUGAGGGGCUUAUUCGGCUCAUUCAGCCAGGCAGUAAAGGUCCCCAGAAAAUGACUAACUGGGGCGCGGCGGCGGUCACGGACAAAGAGCUGGAAGUGAGGGAGAGAUUCUGGCAGGAGAAGAAGAACAAUCCAAAUAAUUUUGUGUAAAAAUCAUUCUUUUAUAUAAUGUGAUAAAUGUUUACAAUUCUAAUACAAAUCUACACAUUUCUGUCUACACAUCCCUGUUUCCUGUUUCAGCAGAGAUGCUGUAUUUCUUUAUUUCUAUUAAUUUUAUUAACUAUCCUUUUUUAAAUUAGUUACCUAUCUUUUAUAUUUAACAGAUGACAUUCAGCAGACCUGUUGUAUUACAGUGUGCAGUGUGACAGUUUUUAAUUGGCUUGAAUAAUCAAAACUGUUUUCUCUCAACUCUCAAAAAUGGAUCAUAUUCUGUUUUAAUUUUUUCACUUUGCCAUGUAUUUCAAUUACUGAGAGGCUUUUAACAGAUGUGUUUAUUGUGUAUUAUGUAUUUCCGCUAUGAUUCCAUGUCUGAAACUGAUUUGGGGGGUAAAGAUUCAUUAUAGAAAACUUUUAACAGUGCUUUACUGUGACUUCCACACAAAUAUUGCCAUUUUAUUUAUUUACGAUUAUACACUGGCUUCUGGGUUUCAUAUGUAUUGAUGAUCAUGUUGAGAUAAAAUCUCAAAAAAUAGGUUUUAGGACGUCUUUCCAUAAAAAGUUAAAAGGAAAAAUUUAGAGACGGCUUAGAUCACCUGUGACCAGGGUAUCUGCAGGUUCUAAAAAGUCUAUUAUGCAAAACUCAAUCAUUCGCUUCUAUGAGCCAUUUUUAUGCUCCCUUAUUGUGACGUCACAAUAAGGAAACCUGCAUAGACCCACCCUGACACCACCCCCACUAGAGCCCCACCCACUAGAUUAGAUGAAGAAACACCAUUUUGUUCUGCUGGAUGAGAACCUCAAAGAGAACACAGCAGAAUCAGCCAGCAGACUUCGUCUGAGGGUGGGAUCUGUACCUACCGUCCGUGGCAAGUCAGCAGAUGAGGGAGAUGUAAGUAUAUUCAAAUAAUGUAUUUUGUGCUUCUAUUGUGCAGUUAAGUGUGACAGAGCCCUUAAACGGCUCAUUCUGAAAGGGACAGAAAUUGGUAAGAAUAGAGCAGGUGAGAUAUUUAUCUUUAUGUGAGACUGAUUUUGUGCAAAGAACUUCAUGAACAUGCUUUGCAUAUCCCAUAGAUCUGUUCUAACUUGUGUAAAAAAGAUAUUGUAUGUCCCUUUUUAAAAUUAGUUUAUCUAAAAAAAAGAAGUUUACUCUUAAACUUAACAGAACUAAUUAUUAUGGCUCCGAGGGGCGCUACCGUAUUUUCAGGUAUGUUGAGUACUUACAUGUAGCUAACGUAGACUGAACUGUAGAUAUGGGGGUUAAAUAUCCCUAAUUUUGCACUGAACCCUAUUCUAUUUUUUACAGUGUAUGAAAUGUUCCAUUUCUUUGUUUGAAACAAUAGUUAGUCAGAAAAGCUUACCGUAUAGUCUGUAAACUUUUGUCAUUUUGUAAUUGCAAAAAUUUCUUAAUUUGGUCUCUGAUUAAUAUUAAAAUGAUUUGAUUUCCCCAUACCUGCAGAUACCCUGUGUAUCAGACUCCUGACCUAAGGUUGGAUUCACAGAAGCUUUUUUAUAAUCUAAUGAUAGUAAUAAAUAAUGAGUUCAUAAAAAUGUUCAAACAUAAAUUCUAAUUUCUGCGUGACUCUGACCCCAUACAGUUUAUAACCCAGUUUGACGUGUCUGGCUUGGGGUGUGUAUGUGUGCAGAUAUCCCCUAGAUGUCACUCUUGUAACACUGUUGUCAUUUUUCCAGUUUUCAGUGUCCUAGAGAGUGGUUGCCAAGUCUGCUUACCUGUAAUGCUGUGAAUAAUAUAUUUCCAAUUUUUCAUUUAUAUAUGGACAGGGACAGUGAUUGUAUGUGUGAGUAAACAGAAAGUGUCCUCCAUCUAAUAAAUUGCAAUAAAUUGAUAUCCUAA